AUGGUCAACAACAUUUGUGAUAUUCCCACAAGUCAGUUACCAAAGCCUUUGAUUAAGGGUGAUAUAGACUUGCAAUUACUAUCCCCAAAGAUGAAUAUCUGGCUGCAUUGGAAACCACUAAAUCUUCAUGGUAGAAUCAUUUAUCCCAAAGGUGAUACUCCGCUCAAAGUCGAUGACUUGUGUCUCAAGCUUUCCAAUUCCUGGAAAUCUCUAGGCAAAUGGGGUCUUAUCUCUCUGGGUAAAGGCUACUUCAAAUUCACCUUCUUCACUAUUGAAGACCUCAAAACGGUUUGGAUUCGAAUAUCUGGUCUAACCCAAGAAUAUUGGAGACCUCGUAUUUUGUUUGCAAUUGCUAGUAGUAUAGGAACUCUAUUUUGUAUGGAUGAAGCCACUAACAAGUAUAUGUUUGAGAGGUCUUAUGGUCACUUUGCUCGAAUUCUAGUUGACUUAGACCUUACAGGUAAAAUUAGAGAAAACAUUCUGGUGGAAAGAACAAACUUCGCCUUCUUUGUUAAUGUUGUUUAUGAAAACCUGCUGGAUUGUUGUGAUCACUACAAAAUCAUUGGCCACAAUGUUGGAAAUUGUCGUAGAAUCAAUGGUAAACCCAGGCAGUCUGACAGUGACUCAAGUGAAUCUGAUUUUGUUGAUGCUUCUCAGCAGCAUAACUUAGAGGAUGAGCUCUUAGGAGAUCAGGAUCCUUCAUUGAACAAGGCAUUGGUGAGGAUUGAUUCUCCAACACAUGGAAUUCCUUCUAACCCAAAGGUGAAUGAUGUGGAAUUCCUCAAACAAUCUUGGGCUAACAUGGCUGAGAUGGAGCAGGACAGAGAUAAUGAGGUGCACAUAGAAGAUGAUAUUGAGGAAUUUGAUGCUCCAUUUCAACAAGUAGUACCGAAGCAUAAAAAGAAGAAAAUCAAAAAAUUGGCUAAACCAAGUGGAAAUCACAAAACCAGGGCAAAGGUGGAGUCUACUAGUACCACCCCAUGA